UAAAAGUCUCUGAAGACCGAACAAAUGCGUACCUUCUUCAUCAUUGUCUUUUUUUCGUUCAGGAAGGCAUUUUACCGAAAAUGGCCAUCGGCGUACCCACUAACAGAGCUCAAACAGCAGAGUAUGAUGGCGAGAUUACAACAAUGGUGCUGCUUUCUUGUAUUACUGCAGCCACUGGUGGACUUCUCUUAGGCUAUGACACUGGAGUUACUGGUGGAGUGACCUCGAUGGAGCCAUUUGUGAAGAAAUUCUUUCCCGGCAUUUACAACAACACGAGCAAGGAGACAGAGACGAGCAACUACUGCAAAUUCGAUAGCCAGCUCUUGACUGCUUUCUCGUCCUCGAUCUACAUAUCGGGUCUUAUAGCCUCCUUUUUCGCUUCACGGGUCACUAGAGACUUUGGGCGCAAGAGGUCCACCAUAGUAGGUGGGGUCGCGUUCCUGUUUGGUGGCGUCAUUGGAGGUGCCGCUGAAAACAUUUACAUGUUGAUUUUAGGCCGUCUCCUUCUUGGAGUCGGAGUUGGCUUUGCAAACCAGUCGGUCCCUUUGUACCUCUCGGAAAUGUCCCCUCCGAAAUACAGAGGCGCCUUCAGCUUCGGCUUCCAAUGCUCCCUCUCCAUCGGGAGCACCUCUGCCUCUCUCCUCAACUACGGCACUUCAAAGAUCAACACAGAUCUCGGCUGGCGAAUCUCCCUAGCCGCCGCCAUAGCCCCCGCCGCCAUCCUCAUCCUCGGAACACUCUUCCUUCCCGAGACCCCCAACAGCCUCAUCCAGCAAGGCCACGACGCAGAGGCCACCAAACACCUCCUCCGAAAAAUCCGAGGCACGAGCAACGUCGAGGCCGAGCUCGACGACCUCAUAGCCGCCGCCGACCGCGCCUCGGCCCAAAUCAAACGCCCGUUCGCAAAACUCCUAAAACGGGCUUACCGUCCCUACUUAGUAAUGUCUGUGGCCAUCCCGUUUUUCCAGCAGAUGACGGGGAUUACGGUUAUAUCCUUUUAUGCGCCGAUCCUUUUCCGAACGAUUGGGUCGGACGAAUCGGACGCACUCAUCUCGUCGCUCAUCACGAACUCGCUCGGGAUAGUGACGACUUUCGUCUCAUCUCUUUUUGUCGAUCGUUUGGGUCGUCGCCCGACUUUCAUGCUUGGGGGGUUGCUAAUGUUCGCCGCGCAGGUGAUGGUCGGGGGAAUUAUGGCCGCGAAGCUCGGGGACUAUGGGGCGUUGAGCCCUGGGUAUAAUGUGGCGGUUGUGGUUUUGAUAUGCGUGUAUGUGGUGGCGUUUGCGUUCUCGUGGGGCCCACUCGGGUGGCUUGUGACGAGCGAGGUUUUCCCGUUGGAGGUGAGGUCGGCGGGGCAGAGUGUGACGGUGGCGGUUAGCUUCUUCUUCAGCUUUUUGAUCGGGCAGGUGUACCUGGCGCUGCUGUGCGCGUUCAAGUGGGGGGCGUUCGUGUUUUUUGCAGGGUGGGUCGGGGUGAUGACGGGGUUUGUGUAUUUUUUGCUGCCGGAGACGAAGGGUGUGCCGAUAGAGAAGAUGGGGUGGAUAUGGCGGGAGCAUGGAUUUUGGAGGAGGUAUGUUGACGGAGAUCGGGAGUGGGCGGAGGAGGAGGGCGGCGGCGGAGUUGAGGAGGAGCCCUUGCUGUCGAGGAGCGCCAUACAGACGAACAGACCGUUAUGCCUUGAAGCAUCUAGAAGGGGAGGCGUGCUAGCCUGCAACAGUGGUCCACGGUGGACAUGCCACGUGGGUUUUGCACUGAUCCAUCGAUCUUGUUUGUUUGAUUUCAAGGGGAACAGAGGCGGAGAAAACGAAACAGAGACUCAACUAGUUUUGUUUUCCCUGUGGAAGUUGUAUUUUUGGAUACUUCAAAUGCCUUCAGCGGUUUCGCCCCUGUGGCAAGAGAAAGCUAAUGAUUUUUUUCAAUCCUCGGGUGUCAAGCUCAAAGAGGCAGGACACUCUGCUGGAACAUUUGUUGGGGAGGUUGCAAAGGAUGCAAAGGAAAACGUUAGUGAUGUGGCAGGGAAAGUCGGGUCAGCAGUCAAAAGCCGGUGGGCUAUCUUCCAGCAACCAUCUACCAGGCAUGCGAUGCAAGAGCGCCUUAUUUCUGCGGCUGCUACAACAAGCAUGUUUUUGAGAAAGGGCUUUUCGGAGACAAAAGAUAAAAUGGUUGUCGGUAAGACAAAAGUGGAGGAGGGGCAGACGUUUUCCAGUGGAGAAUGGGUUCUAAAUUGGAUAGUUAUGAACUGGGUAUUGAUGACAUUUGUUGUUGUGGUGGCGAAGAAGACUGCCGAAAAAAGCAAGGUUCUCCUUACUGACAUUGAGCGAUGGCAGAAGGGAGUUGCAAGUACAGAUGUGUUUGGUACACCAAUUGAGCUUGCUGUCCAGCGCCAACAGUCCAGUACGCCUAUUCCAAAUGUACUGAUGAAAUGUGCAGAUUUCCUAAUACUAUCAGGACUAAACACCCCGGAGCUGUUCAAAGCCCAUGGCAACAAAAAAGUUAUUCAGCAUUUAGUAUCCUUGUAUAACCAGGACCCAAACGCAUUACUACCGGAGGGUGUAAGCCCAGUUGAUGUUGCCGCUCUUAUAAAGUGUUAUAUUGCAAGCCUCCCGGAGCCAUUGACCACCUUUCAGCUGCACAAUGAUAUCAGAUGUGCUCGUUCAAGCAUACAUUUAAUGAGAAACAUUCUCAAAAAGAUGCCAACUGUGAACUAUAUGACUCUGGAAUUAGUCACUGCAUUACUCCUUCGUGUUAGCCAGAAAUCUUCUGUUAACAAGAUGGAUGCUCGGAGCCUGGCAAUGGAAAUGGCCCCUUUGAUAAUGUGGCUGGAAGGUCAGAGGCCAGAGCACUAUAUACAGUAUUGGGCUCAAUCAUCAAAACUCGAUUCCAAGAGAAAGGCAGAUUCUGUCUCCAGCCAAAGCGAAUGGGAUUUGCUUUCAGAUGGUGAAGCUCAAGACGCAUCAUCAUCUAUCCCCCUCGACGAUGGUGUGCCAGUCGAUUUUCGUGCUAUUGAAGUUAUUCAGUGUUUGAUUGAGCAUCACAAUGCGGUUUUCACGGACGCAAAUGAAACUGUGUGGAGAUUUUUCAGCUCAAACGUUCGCAUGGAGAGGAAAGAAAAUGGGCUGAUCGGAGAUGAUUCUCACCCAGACCUACCUUUCUCCGACGGCGGCGAGGUCUCUGUCUUGAGCUCUAAUUUUGUCCUGGAUCAUGUUGGGGAGGUCGUUCUUACACACACUGCUGAUACGUUGUCUUGGAAAUUAAUUGAUUCGUUGCGUAAUGAAGACGAUAAAGUUUCGUGCUUCGGAUUGAAAAUGGCUUCUGAUGCUAAAAUGGAGGUUAAUUUUUCUGAUAUUUAUGCUGUUGACUUCAUUGACUGGGGUAUGGUACAUGGUUCGGUUGUUUCCAAUGGCGAAGGUUCUCUUUUGGAUCAAUCUUCCGAGAUGUACCGAUUUACUUUGCAUUUUGUCCACGGAAGAAAGGCCCAAUCAUCUCUUUGGUCGCCAUCAGUUUACACCUUCGGUCAUAAUAAUCCAGAUAUCUGUAAGAGUUGGGUUAGUCAGAUUAAUGCUUAUCUACAUGUGGAAGCUAAGAGACCAAAGAAUCUUCUGGUCUUUGUUCACCCAAGGAGUGGCAAAGGACAAGGAUGUAGAAUCUGGGAAGCAGUAGCCCCACUAUUUCUUAAAGCCAAAGUGAAAACAAAGGUAUUAGUGACAGAGAGAGCUGGGCAUGCACGUGAUGUUUUGGCCUCAACCAGUAAUCGGGAUCUGAGAUUAUUUGACGGUAUUGUAGCUGUUGGUGGUGAUGGAUUUUUCAAUGAAAUUCUUAACGGGAUUCUCUUGUCGAGGCAUAAAGCUCCAUAUCCACCAAGCCCCACUGAUUCCAUGCAGCCCGUCGAGAGCUCCGAACAUGUUGGACCUCAAGACCAAAAUAGUGAACAAGAUCCUGAGUUUCCUUUUCCUAAUGAAAUGUUCAGAUUUGGAAUUAUUCCAGCUGGAUCAACCGAUGCCAUUGUGAUUUGUACAACUGGGGCUCGAGACCCGGUGACAUCAGCCUUGCAUAUUAUCCUUGGUAAAAGGGUGGACCUUGAUAUAGCUCAAGUUGUAAGAUGGAAAGAGACUCAUGCAUCAAUUGAAGAACCCUGUGUACGCUAUGCAGCUUCUUUUGCUGGUUAUGGCUUCUAUGGAGAUGUCAUCACAGAAAGCGAGAAAUAUCGAUGGAUGGGACCUAAGAGAUACGACUAUGCUGGGACAAAAGUUUUUCUUCAGCAUAGGUCAUACGAGGCAGAAGUGAAUUAUGUUGAAGUCCAAUCGGAAAGUGCCAGCUGUCGCUCCGAAAUCGAUCCUCAAGUCAGUAAUACAAGACUUUGGUGUAUCCCUAAACGGCCGAAUUGGGUUAGGUGCCGCGCUAACUGCACGGUAUGCAGCUCAAAAUCACACGACCCCUUAAUUGGGCCACCAAGCCCAUCUGAAAAGUUAAACGGGCUGAGAUGGUCAAAGUCCAAAGGACAGUUUCUUAGUGUGGGUGCAGCCGUGAUAUCUUGCCGAAAUGAAAAGGCUCCCAAUGGCCUAGUAGCCGAUGCUCAUCUCUCAGAUGGGUUCAUGCAUCUUAUAUUAAUAAAAGAUUGCCCUCACCCUUUUUAUCUAUGGCACCUCAUACAGCUCACAAGGAGAAGUGGUGACCCUCUAGAUUUUGACUUUGUCGAACACCAUAAAACUCCAGCUUUCACAUUCACUUCAUCCGGAAAGGAGGGAAUAUGGAAUGUGGACGGUGAGCCUUUUCGAGCACAUAAGCUAUCUGCCCAAGUGUUUCGCGGCCUCGUCAGCUUGUUUGCAACAGGUCCCUUGGAUUAGGUUUUUACCCUUUCACCCAACACACGAAUCUAUUAAUUAAUACGUAUCUAUCGCAAUGAAGGAUAAAAAAAUCGAUUAUAUUGAAAGAUGUCGGCUAGGACUCUGUGGGAAAACUCUCAUUUUACGAGCCCUUCAGAAUCCCUCUUUCCUUAGCUGACAAACGCUAGAGUAUUGAGUUCGGAACUUAUGACCUGACACACUCGGCAGUUUUCUGUAAAGUAUGAUUCGAUGUACUGUGCUAGCAAAACAAUACUAUUUGUACUGAGAUUGUGACACUGCAAUCAGAAUUCAUAUAUAGUGCAAUACACAGUCCACUGUAAUGUACUGCAAUCAGAAUUCCUUUAGUGUANUUAAUUAUCUUUUUGUGCAAUUUAUUU